AUGAAGCCAAUGCUGUGCGGGUACUUGCUUGUAUCCAUUUUCCCAUUCUGCUCAGCGGAGAUUUACCGGGCAAAGGCCGAGAGAAUCAUGACCGAGACUCCUCUAAUAGACGGACACAACGACCUCCCCUGGCAGCUGCUGAAAAAGUUUAACAACAGGCUAAGCGUGGCACCGGCAAACCUCACCCUGCUGAACGACACCCACACCAACAUCCCCAAGCUGCAGAGCGGGCACGUGGGGGGGCAGUUCUGGGCGGCUUACGUGCCCUGCGAUACCCAGAACAAAGACGCAGUGAAGCGAACGCUGGAGCAGAUCGACGUCAUUCACCGCAUGUGCGAGAAGUACCCCGAGGCCUUUGCAUGUGUCACCAGCAGCACAGGCAUAGAAGACGCCUUCCAAGCAAAGAAGGUUGCCAGCUUGAUUGGCGUGGAGGGCGGCCACUCCCUGGACAGCAGCCUGGGCGCCCUGCGGAUGUUCUACCGGCUGGGGGUGCGCUACAUGACCCUCACCCACAGCUGCAACACCCCCUGGGUGGACAACUGGCUGGUGGACACGGACCAGGAGCAGCCCGUCCACAACGGCCUGUCGCAAUUCGGGAAGCGCGUGGUCUGGGAAAUGAACCGCCUGGGCAUGCUGGUCGACCUGGCCCACGUGUCUGUGCAGACGAUGGAGGACGCCCUGGAGGUUUCCAAAGCUCCUGUUAUAUUCAGCCACUCGUCAGCCUACGAGCUCUGCAGAAACAGGCGCAACGUGCCCGACGACAUCCUCCGCAGGGUGAACCAGAAGGGCGGACUGGUGAUGGUGAACUUCUACAACAUGUACGUGUCCUGCAACAAGGCGGCUGCCAACCUGUCCCAGGUCGCAGAUCACCUGGAUCACAUCAAGAAGGUGGCUGGCUCCGCGGCGGUUGGCUUUGGUGGGGACUACGAUGGCGUGUCCACGGAGACGCUGGCGAGGCCUCCAGGGGCUGCGGGCUGCUUUGCUGCCCAGAAACGGGUGAGGGACAGCCUGUCCCAGGAGCCACCUGACGAUGAGCCGAUUGCGUACGAGGAACUGGAAGGGCAGUGCAGAACCAGCUAUGGGUACCCCUCCCGUGCCAGCGCCAGCCCCCCCAGCAUGCUGCCAGCUGCUCUCAUCGUCCCCCUCCUUUACUCCCUCCUCCUGUAG